AAGCCAGGAGUGCAGCUUAACAGUACCAGCGCGACCCUGAGGAAGGAGAGAGAUUCCAAAAAGUCAACUGGGUCAUCAUACAAACUGAAAACAAAGACUGGAAUAAUGGGCAUCAAAAACAUUUUAAGUUCGUGUACAAAAUCAGGAAAGCAGGACUCCCAUGCUGAGUCUACUGAUGAAAACAAGGAACGUGGAAACUGGACCAGAAAAUCAGACUACCUUCUGUCAAUGAUUGGUUAUGCUGUUGGACUGGGAAAUGUCUGGAGAUUUCCUUACCUGGCUUAUAAGAAUGGAGGAGGAGCCUUCCUGAUCCCUUACACCAUCAUGCUUGCACUUGCUGGACUCCCUUUGUUCUUCUUGGAAUGUUCGAUAGGGCAAUUCUCGAGUUUGGGUCCCGUUUCAGUGUGGAGGGUUGUGCCAAUUUUCCAAGGUGUUGGUAUCACCAUGGUUCUCAUUACGACGCUUGUUUCCAUUUAUUACAACGUCAUUAUCGCCUACAGUUUGUAUUAUAUGUUUGCUUCAUUCCAAUCAAUAUUACCCUGGUCUGAUUGUUUCGACUGGGCGGAUGAGAAGUGCAGUAAGACAACACGAGGUUCAUGUAAUGUGACAAUAUCUGCAACUAACACCACAUGGAUGCCUUUAGACUGGGUAAAAGAAAAUAACUUAACCUGCAUUGCAAACACUACAGUGCUGGAAGAGUCGGAUCUGCCAAGCAAGCAGUACUGGGAAAAAGUAACACUUCAACGUUCAGGUGGUCUCGGUGAAACUGGUGGAAUUGUGUGGUACUUGGCUCUUUGUCUCCUUUUAGCAUGGAUAAUUGUUGGAGCUGCCCUUUUCAAAGGAAUUAAAUCAUCUGGGAAGGUGGUUUACUUUACCGCAGUAUUUCCCUACGUUGUCCUUAUCAUCCUGUUGGUUCGAGGAGCUACCCUGGAAGGAGCCUUUGAAGGGAUUAACUAUUAUAUCGGAACACAAUCAAACUUUACAAAAUUAAUGGAGGCGGAGGUCUGGAAAGAUGCUGCCACCCAGAUCUUUUUUUCACUUUCUACAGCCUGGGGUGGACUAAUAGCGCUUUCAUCGUACAACAAAUUCCAUAAUAACUGCUACACCGAUGCCAUAAUAGUUUGUGUCACAAACUGUGCUACUAGUGUUUUUGCCGGCUUUGCUAUAUUUUCUAUCCUGGGUCACAUGGCCUUUGUUUCAGAGAAACCUGUGCCAGAUGUGGUGGAUUCAGGUUUUGGACUGGCGUUUAUAGCAUACCCUGAAGCUUUGUCGCAGUUACCAGUCUCUCCUUUGUGGUCAUUUCUGUUUUUCUUUAUGCUCCUGACCUUGGGCCUGGACUCUCAGUUUGCCAUGAUAGAAACAAUAACUACGUCCAUUCAAGAUGCAUUCCCACAAAUAAUGAGGAAAAGGCGGAUUCCCAUCACUAUUGCAUGCUGUACCUUUCUUUUUCUUCUUGGGCUUGUGUGUGUUACCCAGGCAGGAAUUUACUGGGUUAACCUGAUCGAUUACUUCUGCGGUGGAUGGGCGAUUCUCAUUGCUGCGGUUCUAGAACUUGUUGGAGUGUGCUGGAUUUAUGGUGCUAACAGGUUCAUUAAGGAUAUUGAAAUGAUGAUUGGAAAGAAACACUGGGCUUUCUGGCUGUGGUGGAGAGCCUGUUGGUUUUUCCUUUCGCCUGUACUAUUGACAGCAAUCCUUCUGUGGUCCCUCAUUACCUUUGAAUAUCCAUCAUAUGGCACUGUAUUGUACCCCACCUGGGGAGUGGCAGUUGGCUGGUGUAUGAUCGGCUUCUGCGUUCUGUGGAUACCUAUUGUAGCGAUACUGAAAAUUGUGCGGGCAAAAGGCAAUGUGAUCCAAGCUUCCAGAGCAACUAAAAACUGGGGACCAGCCUUAAGUCAACAUCGAGGAGAGAGAUACCAACACAUUCCAGACAGCACCAAAGGAAAAAAUAUGGAAGAGAUUCCUACCGUCAGUGGCUUGAGUGGAUAUGAUAAUAGCGCCUAUCUCUGAUCAAUGCCAAUGGCACAGAACUGUUGUAGAUUUUUGUAAAAUUGUUUUUUUGGGGGAUUUGGAUUUUACAGAACAACCCAAGACUGUUGAUUUUUAUGAAUUUGUGUGAAAUAAAGUAUUUAUAACAAUGA